AUGGGUAAAGGUGGUGGGACACGAAUACCACUAUGGAUAUCAAUACUAGCCCUGGUCUUCAUACAGAUCAAAGCUUUAGAAUCCCAAGGAGUGACAAUCAUUCCACCUUUUCAAAAUGCACUGAAAGUAAAGGCUGGCAACCCCUAUCACAACGGCCGUGUUUGCAGCACAUGGGGUAACUUCCACUUCAAGACCUUUGACGGGGACAUCUUUUACUUCCCUGGGGUCUGCAAUUACAUCUUUGCAUCCAACUGCAAGUCUUCCUAUGAGGACUUCAACAUCCAGAUUAGGCGUGCAAUGGUGGAAAAUGCUACUGUGAUCACUCAUGUCAUCAUGAAGCUGGAAGGAGUAGUGAUCGAACUGACCCCCAGCUCUGUCCUGCUCGACAACAAACUGGUCCAGAUGCCCUACAGCCAUAUGGGAGUCUUUAUAGAGAGAAGUAACAACUAUUUGAAAGUUUCUGCCAAGUUGGGACUGACCUUCCUUUGGAAUGGACAAGAUGCUCUCCUGGUGGAACUAGAUAAGAAAUAUGCCAAUCAAACUUGUGGACUUUGUGGGGACUUCAAUGGAAUUCCAGUCAGCAAUGAAUUUAUUUCAGGGAAGACGAAACUGACCCCCAUACAGUUUGGUAAUAGGCAGAAGAUGGAUGGACCCACAGAGCAGUGUGAUGAUCCUAUUCCUCCUACUUCUCUGAUGAACUGCUCAAGAGAAUUUGCCUCUAUCUGUGAGACAGUAUUAACUAGCAAAGCAUUCACAAGUUGUAACAUGCUUGUGAAUGUCCAGGACUACAUUGAAACUUGCAUACAAGACCUGUGCCACUGUGACAGCUCUAUGGCAGACUUCUGUAUGUGCAACACCUUUGCUGAGUACUCCCGGCAGUGUGCUCAUGCAGGUGGACAGCCCCAGAACUGGAGAACCUCAGACCUGUGCCCCAAAUCAUGUCCAUUCAACAUGGAAUACCAUGAGUGUGGCUCUCCCUGCUCCGACACAUGCAGCAACCCGGAACGAUCUGCGCUUUGUGAAGAUCACUGUACAGAUGGCUGUGUCUGUCCUCCAGGAAUGGUAUUUGAUGAUGUUAAUGGUGCCGGCUGCAUUCCCCGCAGAGAAUGCCACUGUACUUACGAAGGUGAAACUUAUGCUCCUGGUGCCUCCUUCUCAUCUAAAUGCAGAUCAUGUACCUGUGUUGGAGGUGAAUGGUCUUGUGUCACCCAGUCGUGCCCUGGGACUUGCAGUAUUGAAGGAGGUUCCCACAUAUCAACAUUUGAUGAGAAAUACUAUUCCUUCUUUGGAGACUGUAGUUAUGUCCUAACCAAGCUCUGUGACAGCAAUGAAUUCACAGUGUUGGGGGACAUCCACAAGUGUGGCCUGACUGACACUGAGACGUGCCUCAAGGGUGUAGCCAUCAGCCUAAACGGAGGACAGACGAACAUUGUGAUCCAGCCUUCUGGGAGUGUAUUUGUGAAUAUGAUCUACACACAGUUACCAUUCUCAGCAGCAAACAUCACCAUCUUCAGGCCUUCAUCUUUCUUCAUAAUUCUGCAAACAACUUUUGGUCUUCAGCUGCAGGUUCAACUUGUGCCUUUAAUGCAAGUUUUUAUAGACUUAGACCCAUCACAUAAAGGGCAGACCUGUGGUCUCUGUGGAAACUUCAAUGAUGUACAGACAGAUGAUUUCAAAACCACCAGUGGUGUGAUAGAGGGCACUUCAGCUGCCUUUGGCAAUACUUGGAAAACUCGGGCUGAUUGUCCUGAUGCCAAAAAUACUUUUGAGGACCCCUGUACUGUCAGCAUACAAAAUGACCAGUAUGCUCAGCACUGGUGUGGACUGCUCUCUGAUACCACAGGACCUUUUGCUGAAUGUCACUCAACAGUGAAUCCAGAAGUUUACCAUAAGACCUGUAUGUUUGACACGUGUAACUGUGAGAAGAGUGAGGACUGCAUGUGUGCUGCCCUUUCCAGCUAUGUCAGAGCCUGUGCUGCUAAAGGAGUUCUUCUCACUGGAUGGAGGAGCAAAGCCUGCACAAAAUACACCACCUUGUGUCCGAAGUCCUUGAAGUACACCUACAGUGUCAAUUCCUGUCAGCCCACCUGCCGCGCUCUCAGUGAGCCUGAUGUCACAUGCAGCAUCAAGUUUGUCCCAGUUGAUGGCUGUACCUGCAUAAAUGGAACCUACAUGGAUGACAGUGGCAAAUGUGUGCCUGCUUCUAGCUGUCCUUGUUACUACAAAGGAACGCCUCUGUCUUCUGGAGAAGUUGUUCAUGAUAAUGGUGUUGUCUGCACUUGUGCCUAUGGAAAGCUGAGCUGCAUUGGAGAGAAGCCUGAACCAGUCUGUGUGCCUCCCAUGGUUUAUGUUGACUGUGGCAAUGUCACUGCAAAUGUGGUAGGAGCAGGAUGCCAGAAGAGUUGUCAGACUCUAGAUAUGGAAUGUUACAAAACUCACUGUGUUUCUGGCUGCGUCUGUCCUCAUGAUCAAGUGUUGGAUGGCAAAGGUGGCUGCAUUGCUCCAGAAGACUGUCCAUGUAUUCACAAUGGGAAUUCCUACAGUCCAGGAGAAUCAAUCAGAGUUGGCUGUAACAACUGCACAUGUAGACACAGGAAAUGGCAAUGCUCUGAGGAGCCCUGCCUGGAAACAUGUUCUGUUUAUGGAGAUGGGCAUUAUACCACCUUUGAUGGCAAACGCUUUGAUUUUGAAGGAGACUGUGAAUAUGUUCUGGUCCAGAACUACUGUGGUCAACAAGCUAUGGACCAGGGAACCUUCAGAGUCAUCACUGAGAACAUUCCAUGUGGCACUACAGGAACUACCUGCUCUAAGUCUAUUAAAGUUUUCCUGGGUAACUAUGAGCUGGUACUCAGUGAUGGACACUCUGAUGUCAUCCAGAGGACACCUGGAGGAAAAAUGCCAUUCCAAAUCCGCUCCAUGGGCAUCUACCUGGUGGUCGAUACUACUGUUGGUCUGAUACUCAUGUGGGACAAGAAAACCAGUAUAUUCAUCAAACUUAGUCCCAGCUUUCAGGGCCAUGUCUGCGGACUUUGUGGAAACUAUGAUGGCAAUGGAAAUAAUGACUUCACUACUCGCAGUCAGUCUGUGGUAGGAAAUGUGCUGGAGUUUGCCAAUAGCUGGAAAGUAUCUUCUAGUUGCCCAAAUGCCAAUCGUACGCAGGAUCCAUGCACUGCAAACCCGUACAGAAAAGCCUGGGCACAGAAGCAAUGCAGCAUCAUCACCAGUGAAGCGUUUGCAAAGUGUCACUCACAGGUUGAACCAAAUGAAUAUUACCAAGCAUGUGUGGAUGAUGCUUGUGCCUGUGACACUGGAGGAGAUUGUGAAUGUUUCUGCACAGCAGUAGCUGCCUAUGCUCAAGCAUGUAAUGAGCUAGACAUCUGCAUAUCAUGGAGAACCCCAACUAUUUGUCCUCUCUUCUGUGAUUACUAUAAUCCACAAGGGGAAUGUGAGUGGCACUACAAGCCAUGUGGAGCACCUUGUAUGAAGACCUGCAAUAAUCCAAGUGGGAAAUGCCUUCAUGAGAUGAGGGGUUUAGAAGGUUGCUAUCCACAGUGUCCAAAGAAUAAGCCCUAUUUUGAUGAGGAAACCAUGACCUGUGUUUCUUAUUGCGGUUGUUAUGAAGAUGGAAAAAAUUACAAACCAGGAAUGGAGAUGCCUUCAAAGCAGAAUUGUGAAUCAUGUGAAUGUACAAUUCAUGGCAAAAUAUGCAGAUACGAUGAACAUGAAUGUGUCUGCAUUUAUGAGGGGCAGAAGUACAACUACAAAGAUGUGGUCUACAACACUACGGAUGGCACAGGAUGGUGUAUUGUUGCAACCUGUGGUCCCAAUGGAACACUUCAAAGGUUUAUGUAUGAUUGUCUAACCUCAACAUCACCCACAACAGCAACGACAUUUCACUUCAGGUCUACGCCACCUACCGCUACUUCCACAGUGUCACCAACUACAUCAGUAUGUGUUCAUGAAGUCUGUAAGUGGUCCGAAUGGUACGAUGGGAGUCUACAAACCCCUGGCUAUGAUGGGGGAGAUUUUGAAACUUUCAAUGAUUUACGAGCAAAAGGUUAUGAAGUUUGUGAAGCCCCAAAGACUGUUGAAUGCAGAGCAGAAAAGUUCCCUGAUAUACCACUGAAAGACCUUGGCCAAAAAGUAGAAUGCAGCACAACACGAGGGCUUAUAUGUUACAACAAGGAUCAAAUCUCAACAAUGUGCAACAACUACGAAAUCAGAAUCCUCUGCUGUGUUUUUGUACCAUGCUCUUCCACAAUGCCUUUCAGCACAUCAACCCCAGUCACAACUCCAAUUCCGACAGAAACAUCUACUGAAACAACAUAUUCAGUUACUACUGAAAGUACAACAUUGAUACCUUCACCUACUGAAGAAACAGCUAGAACCACAACACCUGUCACCACAUCUCUUUCAACAACUCCUCUUUGUUUCAAAGAAAAAUGUUACUGGUCAAGAUGGUAUGAUGUAAGUUAUCCAGGGUCAGGUUAUGAUGAUGGAGAUUUUGAUACGAUUGAGAACAUUGAAAAUAACGGAUACAAAGUCUGCAACAAUAGAAAGGAUGUGGAAUGUAGAGCAGUACGGUUCCCGAACACACCAUAUCCUCUACUAGAGCAACACAUAACAUGUAACACAGAAGAAGGGUUGAAAUGUUACAAUAAAGAUCAACUUCCACCAAUCUGCUAUAAUUAUGAAAUAAGAUUUAAAUGCUGCGAGAACAUACCAGUGCCAUGUGAAACAACCCCAGAAAUUCUAACUAAAGCAACACAACCAACUACAAUUCCAUCAAAAACAGUGUCCACACCAGAAACAACAACUCUAAGUUUGCAAACAAAACACAAGACAACAACUGAAUACACAGUUGAACCAAAAACAGAAUACAUACACACCAGAAUAACAACAAAACCAACGAGGCAAACUCAAAAACAAACGACUACGAGACCAGUGCUAAGCAGCACAACCACAAAAACUACCACAUAUUCACCUACUACCCCCUGUGAACUCGAAGUGUGCACCUGGAGCGAGUGGUUCGACGUCGACUUCCCCUCCUCGGGGCCCAGCCAGGGAGACUUCGAAACCUACCAGCACAUCCGCGCCGCCGGCAAGCAGGUCUGCCGGCAGCCAAAGCAGAUCGAGUGCCGGGCAGAGGACUACCCCGACGUUGCUAUCCAGCAGGUGGGGCAGGUCGUGCAGUGCGACGUCCACUUUGGACUGGUGUGCAAGAACGAGGACCAGACGGGCAAAUUCAAGAUGUGCCUCAACUACAAGAUCCGUGUGCUCUGCUGCACCCCCAACUACAACUGCUCAUUGCCCACAGCCCCCGUCAUAACAACCAGCCCCACCACCAGCACCACGACCACAUCAAUCCCGUCCUCCACCACCACAGUCACCACCUCCACCUCCACGCCGUACAUCUCCACCACCACGAGCCCCACCUCCACGGAAAUCAUCACUUCCACCAGCACCACCAUCCCCACGCCGACGACGUCUACGACAACUUCCUCCACCACCCCCUGUGAACCCGAAGUGUGCACCUGGAGCGAGUGGUUCGACGUCGACUUCCCCUCCUCGGGGCCCAGCCAGGGAGACUUCGAAACCUACCAGCACAUCCGUGCAGCCGGCAAGCAGGUCUGCCAGCAGCCAAAGCAGAUCGAGUGCCGGGCGGAGGACUACCCCGACGUUGCUAUCCAGCAGGUGGGGCAGGUCGUGCAGUGCGACGUCCACUUUGGACUGGUGUGCAAGAACGAGGACCAGACGGGCAAAUUCAAGAUGUGCCUCAACUACAAGAUCCGUGUGCUCUGCUGCACCCCCAACUACAACUGCUCAUUGCCCACAGCCCCCGUCAUAACAACCAGCCCCACCACCAGCACCACGACCACAUCGAUCCCGUCCUCCACCACCACAGUCACCACCUCCACCUCCACGCCGUACAUCUCCACCACCACGAGCCCCACCUCCACGGAAAUCAUCACUUCCACCAGCACCACCAUCCCCACGCCGACGACGCUGUGCACCUGGAGCGAGUGGUUCGACGUCGACUUCCCCUCCUCGGGGCCCAGCCAGGGAGACUUCGAAACCUACCAGCACAUCCGCGCCGGCAAGCAGGUCUGCCGGCAGCCAAAGCAGAUCGAGUGCCGGGCGGAGGACUACCCGGACGUUGCUAUCCAGCAGGUGGGGCAGGUCGUGCAGUGCGCACGUCACUUUGGACUGGUGUGCAAGAACGAGGACCAGACCGGCAAAUUCAAGAUGUGCCUCAACUACAAGAUCCGUGUGCUCUGCUGCACCCCCAACUACAACUGCUCAUUGCCCACAGCCCCCGUCAUAACAACCAGCCCCACCACCAGCACCACGACCACAUCGAUCCCGUCCUCCACCACCACAGUCACCACCUCCACCUCCACGCCAUACAUCUCCACCACCACGAGCCCCACCUCCACGGAAAUCAUCACUUCCACCAGCACCACCAUCCCCACGCCGACGACGUCCACGACAACUUCCUCCACCACCCCCUGUGAACCCGAAGUGUGCACCUGGAGCGAGUGGUUCGACGUCGACUUCCCCUCCUCGGGGCCCAGCCAGGGAGACUUCGAAACCUACCAGCACAUCCGCGCCGCCGGCAAGCAGGUCUGCCGGCAGCCAAAGCAGAUCGAGUGCCGGGCGGAGGACUACCCCGACGUUGCUAUCCAGCAGGUGGGGCAGGUCGUGCAGUGCGACGUCCACUUUGGACUGGUGUGCAAGAACGAGGACCAGACGGGCAAAUUCAAGAUGUGCCUCAACUACAAGAUCCGUGUGCUCUGCUGCACCCCCAACUACAACUGCUCAUUGCCCACAGCCCCCACCACCAUCCCCACGCCGACGACGUCUACGACAACUUCCUCCACCACCCCCUGUGAACCCGGAGUGUGCACCUGGAGCGAGUGGUUCGACGUCGACUUCCCCUCCUCGGGGCCCAGCCAGGGAGACUUCGAAACCUACCAGCACAUCCGCGCCCGCCGCAAGCAGGUCUGCCGGCAGCCAAAGCAGAUCGAGUGCCGGGCGGGAGGACUACCCCGGACGUUGCUAUCCAGCAGGUGGGGCAGGUCGCGAGUGCGACGUCCACUUUGGACUGCCCCACCACCAGCACCACGACCACAUCGAUCCCGUCCUCCACCACCACAGUCACCACCUCCACCUCCACGCCGAUACAUCUCCACCACCACGAGCCCCACCUCCACGGAAAUCAUCACUUCCACCAGCACCACCAUCCCCACGCCGACGACGUCUACGACAACUUCCUCCACCACCCCCUGUGAACCCGAAGUGUGCACCUGGAGCGAGUGGUUCGACGUCGACUUCCCCUCCUCGGGGCCCAGCCAGGGAGACUUCGAAACCUACCAGCACAUCCGCGCCGGCAAGCAGGUCUGCCGGCAGCCAAAGCAGAUCGAGUGCCGGGCGGAGGACUACCCCGACGUUGCUAUCCAGCAGGUGGGGCAGGUCGUGCAGUGCGACGUCCACUUUGGACUGGUGUGCAAGAACGAGGACCAGACGGGCAAAUUCAAGAUGUGCCUCAACUACAAGAUCCGUGUGCUCUGCUGCACCCCCAACUACAACUGCUCAUUGCCCACAGCCCCCGUCAUAACAACCAGCCCCACCACCAGCACCACGACCACAUCGAUCCCGUCCUCCACCACCACAGUCACCACCUCCACCUCCACGCCGUACAUCUCCACCACCACGAGCCCCACCUCCACGGAAAUCAUCACUUCCACCAGCACCACCAUCCCCACGCCGACGACGUCUACGACAACUUCCUCCACCACCCCCUGUGAACCCGGCCAGGAGACUUCGAAACCUACCAGCACAUCCGCGCAGCCGGCAAGCAGGUCUGCCGGCAGCCAAAGCAGAUCGAGUGCGGGCGGAGGACUACCCCGCGUUGCUAUCCAGCAGGUGGGGCAGGUCGUGCAGUGCGACGUCCACUUUGGACUGGUGUGCAAGAACGAGGACCAGACGGGCAAAUUCAAGAUGUGCCUCAACUACAAGAUCCGUGUGCUCUGCUGCACCCCCAACUACAACUGCUCAUUGCCCACAGCCCCCGUCAUAACAACCAGCCCCACCACCAGCACCACGACCACAUCGAUCCCGUCCUCCACCACCACAGUCACCACCUCCACCUCCACGCCGUACAUCUCCACCACCACGAGCCCCACCUCCACGGAAAUCAUCACUUCCACCAGCACCACCAUCCCCACGCCGACGACGUCUACGACAACUUCCUCCACCACCCCCUGUGAACCCGAAGUGUGCACCUGGAGCGAGUGGUUCGACGUCGACUUCCCCUCCUCGGGGCCCAGCCAGGGAGACUUCGAAACCUACCAGCACAUCCGCGCCGCCGGCAAGCAGGUCUGCCGGCAGCCAAAGCAGAUCGAGUGCCGGGCGGAGGACUACCCCGACGUUGCUAUCCAGCAGGUGGGGCAGGUCGUGCAGUGCGACGUCCACUUUGGACUGGUGUGCAAGAACGAGGACCAGACCGGCAAAUUCAAGAUGUGCCUCAACUACAAGAUCCGUGUGCUCUGCUGCACCCCCAACUACAACUGCUCAUUGCCCACAGCCCCCGUCAUAACAACCAGCCCCACCACCAGCACCACGACCACAUCGAUCCCGGUCCUCCACCACCACAGUCACCACCUCCACCUCCACGCGUACAUCUCCACCACCACGAGCCCCACCUCCACGGAAAUCAUCACUUCCACCAGCACCACCAUCCCCACGCCGACGACGUUCACGACAACUUCCUCCACCACCCCUGUGAACCCGGGUGUGCACCUGGAGCGAGUGGUUCGACGUCGACUUCCCCUCCUCGGGGCCCAGCCAGGGAGACUUCGAAACCUACCAGCACAUCCGCCGCCGGCAAGCAGGUCUGCCGGCAGCCAAAGCAGAUCGAGUGCCGGGCGGAGGACUACCCCGACGUUGCUAUCCAGCAGCCCCCGUCAUAACAACCAGCCCCACCACCAGCACCACGACCACAUCGAUCCCGUUCCUCCACCACCACAGUCACCACCUCCACCUCCACGCCGUACAUCUCCACCACCACGAGCCCCACCUCCACGGAAAUCAUCACUUCCACCAGCACCACCAUCCCCACGCCGACGACGUCUACGACAACUUCCUCCACCACCCCCUGUGAACCCGAAGUGUGCACCUGGAGCGAGUGGUUCGACGCCUUCCCCUCCUCGGGGCCCAGCCAGGGAGACUUCGAAACCUACCAGCACAUCCGCGCCGCGGCAAGCAGGUCUGCCGGCAGCCAAAGCAGAUCAAGUGCCGGGGCGGAGGACUACCCCGACGUUGCUAUCCAGCAGGUGGGGCAGGUCGUCAGUGCGACGUCCACUUUGGACUGGUGUGCAAGAACGAGGACCAGACGGGCAAAUUCAAGAUGUGCCUCAACUACAAGAUCCGUGUGCUCUGCUGCACCCCCAACUACAACUGCUCAUUGCCCACAGCCCCCGUCAUAACAACCAGCCCCACCACCAGCACCACGACCACAUCGAUCCCGGUCCUCCACCACCACAGUCACCACCUCCACCUCCACGCCGUACAUCUCCACCACCACGAGCCCCACCUCCACGGAAAUCAUCACUUCCACCAGCACCACCAUCCCCACGCCGACGACGUUCACGACAACUUCCUCCACCACCCCCUGUGAACCCGGAGUGUGCACCUGGAGCGAAGUGGUUCGACACUUCCCCUCCUCGGGGCCCAGCCAGGAGACUUCGAAACCUACCAGCACAUCCGCCACCUGCGGUAAGCAGGUCUGCCGGCAGCCAAAGCAGAUCGAGUGCCGGGCGGAGGACUACCCCGCGUUGCUAUCCAGCAGGUGGGGCAGGUCGUGCAGUGCGACGUCCACUUUGGACUGGUGUGCAAGAACGAGGACCAGACGGGCAAAUUCAAGAUGUGCCUCAACUACAAGAUCCGUGUGCUCUGCUGCACCCCCAACUACAACUGCUCAUUGCCCACAGCCCCCGUCAUAACAACCAGCCCCACCACCAGCACCACGACCACAUCGAUCCGCGCCUCCACCACCACAGUCACCACCUCCACCUCCACGCCGUACAUCUCCACCACCACGAGCCCCACCUCCACGGAAAUCAUCACUUCCACCAGCACCACCAUCCCCACGCCGACGACGUCUCACGACAACUUCCUCCACCACCCCCGUGUGAACCCGAAGUGUGCACCUGGAGCGAGUGGUUCGACGUCGACUUCCCCCCUCGGGGCCCAGCCAGGGAGACUUCGAAACCUACCAGCACAUCCGCGCCGCCCGGCAAGCAGGUCUGCCGGCAGCCAAAGCAGAUCGAGUGCCGGGCGGAGGACUACCCCGACGUUGCUAUCCAGCAGGUGGGGCAGGUCGUGCAGUGCGACGUCCACUUUGGACUGGUGUGCAAGAACGAGGACCAGACGGGCAAAUUCAAGAUUGUGCACCUGGGCGAGUGGUUCGACGUCGACUUCCCCUCCUCGGGGCCCAGCCAGGGAGACUUCGAAACCUACCAGCACAUCCGCGCGCCCGGCAAGCAGGUCUGCCGGCAGCCAAAGCAGAUCGAGUGCCGGGCGGAGGACUACCCCGACGUUGCUAUCCAGCAGGUGGGGCAGGUCGUGCAGUGCGACGUCCACUUUGGACUGGUGUGCAAGAACGAGGACCAGACGGGCAAAUUCAAGAUGUGCCUCAACUACAAGAUCCGUGUGCUCUGCUGCACCCCCAACUACAACUGCUCAUUGCCCACAGCCCCCGUCAUAACAACCAGCCCCACCACCAGCACCACGACCACAUCGAUCCCGUCCUCCACCACCACAGUCACCACCUCCACCUCCACGCCUACAUCUCCACCAACCACGAGCCCCACCUCCACGGAAAUCAUCACUUCCACCAGCACCACCAUCCCCACGCCGACGACGUCUACGACAACUUCCUCCACCACCCCCUGUGAACCCGAAGUGUGCACCUGGAGCGAGUGGUUCGACGUCGACUUCCCCUCCUCGGGGCCCAGCCAGGGAGACUUCGAAACCUACCAGCACAUCCGCGCCCGGCAAGCAGGCUGCCGGCAGCCAAAGCAGAUCGAGUGCCGGGCGGAGGACUACCCCGACGUUGCUAUCCAGCAGGUGGGGCAGGUCGUGCAGUCGGACGUCCACUUUGGACUGGUGUGCAAGAACGAGGACCAGACGGGCAAAUUCAAGAUGUGCCUCAACUACAAGAUCCGUGUGCUCUGCUGCACCCCCAACUACAACUGCUCAUUGCCCACAGCCCCCGUCAUAACAACCAGCCCCACCACCAGCACCACGACCACAUCGAUCCCGUCCUCCACCACCACAGUCACCACCUCCACCUCCACGCCGUACAUCUCCACCACCACGAGCCCCACCUCCACGGAAAUCAUCACUUCCACCAGCACCACCAUCCCCACGCCGACGACGUCUACGACAACUUCCUCCACCACCCCCUGUGAACCCGUGUGCACCUGGAGCGAGUGGUUCGACGUCGACUUCCCCUCCUCGGCCCAGCCAGGAGACUUCAAAACCUACCAGCACAUCCGCCGCGCCGGCAAGCAGGUCUGCCGGCAGCCAAAGCAGAUCGAGUGCCGGGCGGAGGACUACCCCGACGUUGCUAUCCAGCAGGUGGGGCAGGUCGUGCAGGCGACGGUCCACUUUGGACUGGUGUGCAAGAACGAGGACCAGACGGGCAAAUUCAAGAUGUGCCUCAACUACAAGAUCCGUGUGCUCUGCUGCACCCCCAACUACAACUGCUCAUUGCCCACAGCCCCCGUCAUAACAACCAGCCCCACCACCAGCACCACGACCACAUCGAUCCCGUCCUCCACCACCACAGUCACCACCUCCACCUCCACGCCGUACAUCUCCACCACCACGAGCCCCACCUCCACGGAAAUCAUCACUUCCACCAGCACCACCAUCCCCACCCGCGCCACGCCUCACGACAACUUCCUCCACCACCCCCUCCAGGAGACUUCAAACCUACCAGCACAUCCGCCCGCCGGCAAGCAGGUCUGCCGGCAGCCAAAGCAGAUCGAGUGCCGGGCGGAGGACUACCCCGACGUUGCUAUCCAGCAGGUGGGGCAGGUCGUCAGUGCGACGUCCCACUUUGGACUGGUGUGCAAGAACGAGGACCAGACGGGCAAAUUCAAGAUGUGCCUCAACUACAAGAUCCCCCCACCACCAGCACCACGACCACAUCGAUCCCGUCCCUCCACCACCACAGUCACCACCUCCACCUCCACGCCGUACAUCUCCACCACCACGAGCCCCACCUCCACGGAAAUCAUCACUUCCACCAGCACCACCAUCCCCACGCCGACGACCGUCACGACAACUUCCUCCACCACCCCCUGUGAACCCGAAGUGUGCACCUGGAGCGAGUGGUUCGACGUCGACUUCCCCUCGGGGCCCAGCCAGGGAGACUUCGAAACCUACCAGCACAUCCGCGCCGCCGGCAAGCAGGUCUGCCGGCAGCCAAAGCAGAUCGAGUGCCGGGCGGAGGACUACCCCGACGUUGCUAUCCAGCAGGUGGGGCAGGUCGUGCAGUGCGACGUCCACUUUGGACUGGUGUGCAAGAACGAGGACCAGACGGGCAAAUUCAAGAUGUGCCUCAACUACAAGAUCCGUGUGCUCUGCUGCACCCCCAACUACAACUGCUCAUUGCCCACAGCCCCCGUCAUAACAACCAGCCCCACCACCAGCACCACGACCACAUCGAUCCCGUCCUCCACCACCACAGUCACCACCUCCACCUCCACGCCGUACAUCUCCACCACCACGAGCCCCACCUCCACGGAAAUCAUCACUUCCACCAGCACCACCAUCCCCACGCCGACGACGUCUACGACAACUUCCUCCACCACCCCCUGUGAACCCGAAGUGUGCACCUGGAGCGAGUGGUUCGACGUCGACUUCCCCUCCUCGGGGCCCAGCCAGGGAGACUUCGAAACCUACCAGCACAUCCGCGCCGCCGGCAAGCAGGUCUGCCGGCAGCCAAAGCAGAUCGAGUGCCGGGCGGAGGACUACCCCGACGUUGCUAUCCAGCAGGUGGGGCAGGUCGUGCAGUGCGACGUCCACUUUGGACUGGUGUGCAAGAACGAGGACCAGACGGGCAAAUUCAAGAUGUGCCUCAACUACAAGAUCCGUGUGCUCUGCUGCACCCCCAACUACAACUGCUCAUUGCCCACAGCCCCCGUCAUAACAACCAGCCCCACCACCAGCACCACGACCACAUCGAUCCCGUCCUCCACCACCACAGUCACCACCUCCACCUCCACGCCGUACAUCUCCACCACCACGAGCCCCACCUCCACGGAAAUCAUCACUUCCACCAGCACCACCAUCCCCACGCCGACGACGUCUACGACAACUUCCUCCACCACCCCCUGUGAACCCGAAGUGUGCACCUGGAGCGAGUGGUUCGACGUCGACUUCCCCUCCUCGGGGCCCAGCCAGGGAGACUUCGAAACCUACCAGCACAUCCGUGCCGCCGGCAAGCAGGUCUGCCGGCAGCCAAAGCAGAUCGAGUGCCGGGCGGAGGACUACCCCGACGUUGCUAUCCAGCAGGUGGGGCAGGUCGUGCAGUGCGACGUCCACUUUGGACUGGUGUGCAAGAACGAGGACCAGACGGGCAAAUUCAAGAUGUGCCUCAACUACAAGAUCCGUGUGCUCUGCUGCACCCCCAACUACAACUGCCCUUUCUCCACCCUCUCAACCACCACUAGCCCAUCCACCAUUACUACCCUAAGUGGUCCCUUCUUUACUACAACUUCUCCGAUUUCAACUACACCAUGUUUCUGCAAGAUUGGUGAUUCUAUUUUUUCACCUGGUGACUUGAUUUACAACAGAAUUGAUAGUGACGGAUGUCGAUUUUAUGCCAUCUGUAGCCCAACAUGUAAUAUUGAACGACAUGCUGUACAUUGUCCUGUCACUACUUUGCCAGCUACCAGUUCCUCUGAGUGGUCUACAAUAACAACAGCAGCUCCUCUGCCUCCCACUUCUACACGUCCUGCUUUUCAUGGUUGUGUUUCUACUCUUUAUCCUCCUUUACAACCUGGAGAAAGAUUCAAAUUAUCCAACUGUACAGAAGUGAUUUGUAAUGGAGACAACAAUAUAGAUGUAGUACCAACGUACUGCCCACCAGUAAAGGAAAUUACCUGUGCAAACAAAUAUCCACCAAUGCUGAUACCUGAUGAAAAUGGAUGCUGUUACCGAUAUGAGUGUCAAUGUGUGUGUAGUGGAUGGGGUGAUCCUCAUUACAUUACUUUUGAUGGAACCUAUUAUACCUUCCUUGAAAACUGCACUUACGUCCUGGUGAAACAGAUUGUCCCUAGAUAUGACAACUUCCGUGUUUACAUUGACAAUUAUUACUGCGAUGCAAAAGAUGGACUCUCCUGCCCUAAAUCUAUUAUUAUUUUCUACAAAUCUGCAGAAGUGGUGCUGACUCGUCAACUCAUGAAUGGUGUGAUGACCAAUGUGAUGUACUUCAACAAAAAGAUUGUUGGACCAGGCUUCAAAAAAGACGGCAUUUCUUUCUCCACUCUUGGCAUCAAUAUGAUUGUUGAAAUAGAAGAAAUUGGUGCAGUCAUCACCUUUAGUGGUCUGAUUUUCUCUGUCAAGCUCCCAUACAGCAAAUUUGGCAACAACACCGAAGGACAAUGUGGAACGUGUACAAACAAUAAAGAAGAUGAAUGCCGCUUACCAAGUGGUAAGAUAAUUUCCUCCUGUCCCCAAAUGGCUCAUCACUGGAUUGUUGACAACAACAAGUCAUGCCAUGGAGUGCCAAUACCACCAGCUAUAACCACACCUCCACCAAAGCCGCAAUGUCAAACACCUCCACUCUGCAAACUUAUCUUGAGCGAGGUUUUUGCAGAAUGUCAUACCGUGAUACCACCAGAACCAUUUUUCAAAGGCUGUGUUUUUGAUGGAUGUCGCAUAGACGAUGAAUUCAUGCAGUGUUCCAGUUUGGAGAUAUAUGCUACAGAGUGUGCUGCUAGAGGUGUCUGCAUUGACUGGAGAGGAAUGACCAACAAUACAUGUUCAUUCAGCUGUCCAUCAAACAUGGUAUACAAGCCAUGUGGGCCCAUUAAUCCAGUUACCUGUGACCAAAGCUAUGAGCGUCCUGGCUAUGGAGUAACUGAAGGCUGUUUCUGUCCUGAAGGAAUGACACUCCUGCGUGCAGAGAGCAACAUCUGUGUCUCUGAAUGCUUCUGCAGAGAACCAAAUGGAAUGUCCAGAUGGCCAGGAGAAAAAUGGACAAAAGAUUGCCGGGAAUGUGUCUGUGACAAAAAUACUCUUAAGGUGAAGUGUACAAAGCACGAAUGUUCUCUGACACAGCAAGUAUUUUGUGAAGAACCAGGUUACAUGCCUGUUGAUAUACCAAUACCAGAAGAUCCAUGCUGUACUAGGACUGAGUGCUACUGCAACACAAGCCUCUGCACUGACAUCACACCCCUGUGCUUAGAGGGACAGGAAAUAAUCACAAUAAUGCCACCUGGAAACUGUUGUCCUAUCUUUGAAUGCAGACAGGGCUGUGUAGUCAACGAAACCUAUUAUGCACCUGGAGCUGCUGUUCCAUCAGGCCCCUGUGAAGAAUGUACCUGCUCUGAAUCCUCUCCCUUAAGGCCUCACCACCUUGCGGUCACAUGCCAGCCUGUUAUCUGUGACACGUACUGCCCACUGGGCUAUAAAUACACUGUGGAACCCGGACAGUGCUGUGGCACGUGCAAGGCAGCAGCUUGCGUAGUGACUGUGGGAGACAACAUUACACACGUGCUCCAUGAAGGAGAACAUUGGAAUCCACCUGGUGAUAACUGUACUGUUUACACAUGUGAAAAACAUGCUGACCAGUACAUUCAAGUAAUCAAAGAGGCAAGCUGUCCUGCCUUUAACCAUGAUGAGUGUGAUCCAGAUGAUAUCCAGCUAUCUCAUGAUGGCUGCUGUUUAGUGUGCCGAAGAGUACCGAAACUUUGUAUGAAGUACAAUACGACGACUGUCAUCAACUAUAACGGCUGUGUGUCUCCUGCACCUGUUGAGAUAACAUACUGUGAAGGCAGCUGUGAUGCUUACUCACGAUAUUCUCAAACAACAAACACCAUGGUGCACAAAUGCUCGUGUUGUCAGGAAAUCAAGACCAGCAAGAGAAAGGUGACUCUGAUGUGCAGUGAUGGAACCUCCCUUGAUCACUCCUACACCUACGUGGAGAAAUGCAGCUGUGUGGAUGCUGAGUGCGUUACCCAAGGCAACACCCAACAGGAGACACAGCAGAUAAAGACCUCUCAGGAGCAAGCAAAUGUCAAAAAUUAG